AUGUCCAAACCAGACCCAACACCCACGCCGACUCGCAAUACACUCAAUCAACGUGCCUCACGCGCCCGGCGCAAAACAUAUAUCAACGAUCUCGAGCGGCGUGUGCGCGAAUUCGAAGCCCAAGGCGUCAAAGCCACCGAGCAGGUCCAAGUAGCGGCACGACGAGUGGCGGCGGAGAAUCGCUCUUUGAGAGAGGAGGUUCGUGUGCUGAGGGAGCGCAAUGCCGAGUUAGAGAGGAUUUUGGCCGAGAAACGCUCAGACACCGGACUGAGUCCUGGUGCGAUGGAGAGGGAGCUAGAAUAUCUUCUGCGACAGAAAACCACGCAACGGCCGCAACGGAGUCGAAGAGGCGUUGCGAAAUCGCCCUCAACCCAUGUUCACGACGAAGCAAGCACACAGUACCCGUCUCCGCCUGGCGACCACGAGGGGCCUGGCGUAAUGGCUAUUAGGAUGCCCUACACGACUCCAAAUACCUCUGUACCUUCCCCGCAAGCUGCCGAUGCGGUAGGCCCGGACCCACACAUCGAACCAAAUCUCGAGAUCGAAUGCGCAGACGCAAACAGAAACGAAAAUCAAGACACCUUCGAUCCGGGUACAGUCCGCUUACCCUCAUCUCCAUCCAUCAACACUCUCGACGACGUCCUCCCCGACGCACAAGACGAGAGCAUUCACGAGGACGACGACACCUUCCCAUUCUCCAAAUAUGAUUCUCAUCGGUGCUCUACGAAACCCACCAGGCAUUCUUCCUUAUACUCACCCAUGUCGCCUGCGCCAUCGCGGCCGCACUGUGCACCCAUGACACAGCCAAACAGCACGCCCUGCGCCCAAGCCGCGCUCAUCAUCGCCAGCAUGCGCGGUCUCUCUUCGAUGGACUCGGCAGUGGAAAUGGAGAUAUUGCCAGAGCUGGGCUGUAGUACUGCGCGCACCCGAGGGAGCUAUGACAAUGGUAAUGAGGGGUAUAUGGAUGGCCGGGUUGGUCGUACAUCCGCCCUUCCGGACGCGGAUAAAUGUGCAGUGGACAAUGCGCAGUUAUUUGGAAUUCUAGAUAGAGAGAGAGAAGUCGAAACUUGA